UGCCACCUCUGUAAAACCUUUACCCAUACUUAAGUAUCACUAUCAGUGUAUGUUAGUAAGGAAGUUGUAUAAUUGCUGGCAGUCAUCCCCGCAUGUAACAUUGACCGCAUAUCGGGUUGGGCAACCCGCAGCCUGCGCCCGCGCCGCUCUCAGAGCAGUUGGAUAACAGUGAGUGUGGUGCCGUGUUGUGACUGUGUUUACACGACUAUUAUAACAUUUUGGUUCAUUUUAUAAGUAACAUGUUCAUGAGAUAAAUCAAUAUGGGUGUAGUGACCACAGUGUCGGCUGCCGUGAAGGCGGCUCUGACUAUUGGCGGGAUAAGCAAGCUCUCCUUCAUCCCCGUCAUGUUGGCAGCAAUGGCGUACUUCAACUAUGAGCUCCUCGACCCAGAAAGCAGGCCUUUCAACCAGAAAACCCUGAAGGAAGAGUACGACUUCAUCAUCAUCGGGGGAGGCUCCGCUGGAUCGGUCCUUGCGAAUAGGCUCUCGGAGGUGGAAGGUUGGAAUGUCUUGCUAUUAGAAGCUGGUGGCCACGAGACGGACAUUAGCGAUGUGCCAUUAUUAUCCUUAUACCUUCACAAAAGCAAACUGGAUUGGAAGUACAGACCCCAACCCCAAGACUCCGCUUGUCAGGCGAUGAUCGACAAACGUUGCAUAUGGACGAAGGGGAAAGUCUUGGGUGGUUCUUCCGUCCUCAACACGAUGCUGUACGUGAGGGGCAACAAGCGCGACUUCGACCAAUGGGAGUCGUUCGGCAAUCCCGGCUGGGGCUACAAGGAUGUGCUGCCAUACUUCAAAAAAUCCCAGGACCAGAGAAACCCGUACUUGGCGAGGAACACAAAGCAUCAUGCCACAGGAGGAUAUCUGACUGUACAGGAUUCGCCGUUUAACACACCUAUUGGAGCUUCGUUUCUUCAAGCGGGAGAGGAAAUGGGAUACGAGAUUGUCGACAUUAACGGAGACCAGCAGACUGGUUACGCAUGGUUCCAGUUCACCAUGCGGAGGGGCACCAGGUGCUCCGCUGCAAAAGCCUUCCUGAGACCUGUGCGUCUACGUCGCAAUUUACACGUCGCUCUCUUUUCACACGUUACAAAAAUAUUGAUAGAUAAAGAGAAGAAGAGAGCAUACGGCGUAGAACUUAUGAGGUAUGGAUCAAAGCAAGUCGUGUACGCUAAAAGAGAGGUAAUAUUAUCAGCCGGUGCGGUCGGCUCACCCCAAAUACUCAUGCUUUCUGGAGUAGGUCCAGCGCAGCACUUACAAGAAGUGGGUAUAGAUGUCAUUCACGACUCACCUGGAGUAGGAAAGAAUCUGCAGGACCACAUAGCUGUUGGAGGUCUUGUUUUUAGAGUGGACUAUCCUAUCAGUUUGCUCUUCCAACGGACUAUAAACAUUAAUGCUGCAUUGCGAUAUGCUAUCACCGAAGAUGGUCCUUUAACAUCUAACAUAGGGCUGGAAGUUGUGGCUUUCAUUAAUACCAAGUACGCCAAUGCUACGGAAGACUGGCCCGACAUCGAAUUUAUGAUGGAUUCGGCGUCGAUACCCUCUGAUGUGCAAGUGAAGAGAGCGCACGGUGUGACUGAUGAAUUUUACAAUGAAGUAUACGGAGACAUUAUUGGAACGGAUGUUUAUGGUAUAUUCCCAAUGAUGUUGCGUCCGAAGAGCCGUGGGUUUAUAAAGCUGAGAUCGAACAAUCCUUUCGAUUAUCCGCUCAUGUACCACAAUUAUCUGACUCACCCUGACGACGUCGGAGUUCUGAGAGAAGGGGUUAAGGCUGCCAUAGCGGUUAGUGAGACCAAGGCUAUGAAGCGUCUCGGCGCCCGAUUCCAUAGCAAACCCUUGCCAAAUUGCAAGCAUCUUCCAUUGUAUACUGACGAAUAUUGGGACUGUUAUAUUCGUCAGUACACGAUGUCUAUUUACCACUUGUCGUGUACCAAUAAAAUGGGUCCUGCUAGUGAUCCUAUGGCUGUGGUCGAUCCACAGUUGCGAGUAUAUGGCAUUGAAGGACUCCGAGUGAUAGACGCUAGCAUUAUGCCCGCUGUCACUAAUGGCAACAUCAAUGCGCCAACGAUAAUGAUUGCGGAGAAGGGGAGCGACAUGAUCAAAGAGGCUUGGCUACCAAAAAUCAAAAGAAGAAAGCGAAAAACAAAGAGAUCACUGAAAUGUAACAUGUCGAACCCACUUUUUGUUAAAAAGUCACAAAAUAUUAUUUGCAGUAAAGAAAGAUGAUGAAAGAUCAAUUUUAGUCCAAAAAUUUUAAGUCAAAACCGCCAAAAUAUCUAGUUCCAAAUAGUGUAGCACUUAUUUUACGAUAAAAAUAGGACAAAUCCAUGUAUAACCU